AUGGCUUCCACUAUGGAUGCCCUCAGAGCCCCGGAAAAGGAUUGUCCAACAUACGACCCUACACAUGUUGAAGGUCAACAGACUGCGAUAUAUGUUCAACUAGUCCUUUCGCUAACUCUCGGUGUGUCUGCUUUCUUUGGCUUCUGUAUCCUGCGACCAAAAUGGAAGAGUUUAUAUGCUGCGCGCAAAAGACAUGUCGACGCUGCAGCAAAUCUGCCAGAGCUUUCGGAUACUUUUUUUGGUUGGAUGCCUAUUUUGUAUAGAGUCACGGAAGAGCAAGUACUCGCAUCUGCUGGAUUGGAUGCAUAUGUUUUUCUAUCAUUUUUCAAGAUGUCAAUGAAACUAUUCGGGGUCAUGUUUAUCAUGGCAGCUGCUAUUCUUGCCCCAAUAAAUCGACACUACUAUUACGUAUUCGAUCCAUUUGGAAAUACAACGAGUCCUCCCGAUAUUCCAGAUUACUCAAAGUUGGAGGGUUGGCAUGGCGGAUGGGAUGGGGCUUUGACUUUGGAAGUACCAAAAGACUCUGACGACAAACUACCUGAAACCAACUAUCUCUGGUCAUACCUUGUCUUCACCUACGUGUUCACUGGACUCGCAAUAUUUUUCAUGAACAGACAAACCCACCGAGUGAUCAGGGUUCGCCAGGACUACUUGGGAAGCCAAUCCACAAUCACUGACCGAACGAUCAAGCUUUCUGGGAUACCGGAGGAUUUGAGGUCUGAAGAAAAGAUCACCGAAUUCUUGGAGAAACUUCAGAUAGGCAAAGUGGAGAGUGUAACUUUAUGUCGCAAUUGGAAAAAACUUGAUGAUAUGAUGGACAAGAGAGUGCAAGUCGUAAGGAGGCUUGAAGAGGCAUGGACUGUACACCUUGGUCAACAACAACGUCCGAGUGUAGGACCAUUACGGACACAACCCUCAGCACCUAAUGCGAAUUCUGAGGAUGGAUCGCCAAGUCAUGAGGGUGAUAAUCUGUUAGGAAGCGAUCACAUCACCUCGUACGAUCAGCCAAGACCGACUACGCGAAUCUGGUACGGCUUUCUUAAAUUUCAAAGCAGGAAAGUAGAUGCAAUCGACCACUACGAAGAACAGCUACGAAGGCUAGAUGAUAUGAUCAAUGAUGCAAGGAAAAAAGAAUACAGCCCUACAGCACUUGCAUUUGUCACCAUGGACUCGAUUCCCGCUUGUCAAAUGGCGGUGCAAGCUCUCCUAGACCCAACGCCAAUGCAGCUGAUGGCAAGGCCAGCUCCCGCACCAUCAGAUAUCGUUUGGACAAAUACUUAUAUACCAAGAUCAAACCGUAUGAUUCGUUCUUGGGCGAUCACUAUCUUCAUUCUUAUACUCACCAUCUUCUGGCUGAUUCCAGUGGCUGCCCUAGCUGGUCUUGUCAGUUUAUGCUCAAUUCGGCAGGUCUGGCCGGGUCUUGCGGAUGUUUUGGAAAGCCAUGACAUACUUAAGGCUUUGGUUCAGACUGGCUUGCCUACACUUGUUGUCUCAUUACUCAAUUUGGCAAUUCCAUUCUUGUAUGACUACCUUGCAAAUAAGCAAGGAUCAAUCUCGCAAGGCGAGGUAGAACUUUCCGUCAUCUCCAAAAACUUUUACUUUACAUUUUUUAAUGUAUUCCUGGUUUUUACGGUUUUUGGCGCAGCGAGUAAGUUCUGGCCAGUCUUACAGGAAACAUUGAAGGACACCACGAAGAUUGCCUACACGCUAGCCCAGUCAAUAUCCGAUCUCUCCAUGUUCUAUACCAAUUUUAUUUUGCUACAAGCUCUUGGUCUUUUACCUUUCAGACUGCUGGAGUUUGGGAGUGUGUCUUUAUACCCUAUCACACUUAUGGGUGCCAAGACUCCUAGAGAUUAUGCUGAGCUGGUACAGCCGCCUAUCUUUAGUUACGGGUUUUAUCUUCCUUCCGCACUUCUAAUAUACAUUCUAUGCAUGGUCUAUAGUAUACAGCCAGCAGGAUAUCUAGUCCUAUUAUUCGGAAUGGCGUACUUUGCUUUAGGUUAUUACACAUACAAGUAUCAGCUUUUAUAUGCCAUGGACCAUCCACAACAUGCUACGGGAGGUGCUUGGCCUAUGAUAGUUUAUCGUCUUCUUGUAGGCUUAGGCUUCUUUCAACUGACUAUGGCCGGAGUGAUUGCUCUGAGAAAAGCGUUCACUCCAGCUAUACUUGUUGUUCCCCUCAUACCAUUCACAAUCUGGUACAGUUACUACUUCCGUCGAACAUUCCAACCAUUCAUCAAGUUCAUCGCUCUGAGGAGUAUUAGAAGAGAUAGCAAUUCAGAUAUAAACAUUGCUGGCGAAAACAUCGGCAUCGACAGACCUCCAGGACACAUUCAGAGGAGAGGCAGCACAGUUGAUGAAGCAAGGGAAAAAGGGAUGAGAUAUAUCAAUCCAAGUCUCGUUGUACCAUUAGAAAAGAUCUGGAUCUCCAAGGACCCAGAGAGCGAGCCCAAUGGUAGCACCCCACAAUUAAAUCGUGAAGAAUCUGCCGCAAGUUCGCUGAGUCUUGGCGAUACCCACAUUUGGAGAGAGGUUGGCGAUGCAAAUUCGGGGGCUGUCGACACAACGUCUUCCCAGAUUCUCUUAUCAAGAGCGAUCGCAGAUCACACUUUAACAUCUCGUCCAUCAGUUGUUAGGGGAAUAUACUCUUCGAUUGCUGUCACAUCUCUUUACGAAUCCCCGACAAGACAUAUCAUGACCGUUGGAGACGCAGCUAGCACAUCGAAAGAUGUAGGAUUGGAUGGUGGGAGUAUGGAGCAAUGUAUUGAUUUUCCGGGCAGGCGACGCUCGUCAACUUUAGGGGUGAAUGAAGCCUCCGUGUCCCAUAGCUUAUCAGAUUCAGAGAAACGUGAUAAAGGAAAAGGAGUCGAACGUGGAAGAACAUUAGAACGAGGCCCAAGAUACUGUAAUCCUCUUGAAAAGGCCGAAUCACGACUUAGAAGAAACAAAACAACCAUCGAGGUGGAUGGUCGGCCCAUACGCAGGCGCGAUCGAAGUCAUACUCUUCAUGAUAACCCCGAUGAUCCUGCUGCAAUAUUAGACGACCAGGUGUUAGAACCACUAAGAGGGAUAUCUCAACAGGAUAGUUUUUCAGAGGUACUUAGCGGACAUGCAUCUCCGAGCAGUCUGAAUGGCUUUCUUGAUGCGAAAGAAUUAAAGAGUCGACUUCGAUCUAGGACUUCUGGAGGAAGUUCUAUAAGCUCCACUAUAUCUCCAAUCGAACCACUCACACGGACAGUUACGACGGUUUACAGCAAAUCCUCUCUUGUUUCUCCUGAACCAACUUUACCAGUUGAAUCAUAUUCUAAUCGUCUGCCUAGUAUUGAUCGAUUAGAAGCAUCUGCUCGUCAAUCAACAUCAUUCACGUUCUCAAAGUUACCAACAGAAAUCAUUCAACAAGUAUACAAUUACCUCGCACCGGUUGAUUUUAAUUCAGCCAGACAUACAUGCCGAGCAUGGCUUCUUACCAGUAUGGAUCGUUCCCUCCUUGAGAAUAUGAUCCGGCGUGGAGGUUGGGAGACUAGUUGUCGACAGGAAAUCUCUGAUACAAGAAGCUCAACCUUUCAACGUAGCUCCGAAUAUGAAUGGUUCAUGAGUAAACGGAUUUCAAGGGAAUGUGCUCUUGGUCCAGGUUGGACGGGGUCCGGAAUACCGGUAAGCCCCAAUAACGUUCCACUGGAAUCAAAAGAUACGCCUUUUUUGCAAGCUUCGACUGUGAAUUUCACAGAAGUCGCGGUCCAAUAUAAGGAAACGAGUCCUGCUGGAACAGUUUUCACGGUGAGUAGUUGUGGAAAGUUCUUGAUGGCUGCGAGUGGAUGUCUAGUCUAUAUUUAUGAACUGAACAAAAGCCAUCGCGAAGUGAACAAUUGGUAUGAGGUUCAAGCGGGUUCUCUACGUCCAGUCACUAGUAUCAUAUGUCCACACAGAGUGUUAGCAUGCAGUAUGGAUACUUCCUCACAUAGGUAUGCAAUUGCUGUUUUGCUUGAUGGGCGCAUGGGUCUUGUAUGCGAUAUUUCUCUUAGCAGUAUUGCUCCUCCGGUUUCUUCGGAUCCCGAGACUUCAGAUCUUUCUUCGCCUCAUUCAAGUCGAUCAGAUGUUUCACUCUCUCCAGCAGGCGAUUUCCAUCAUGGCGUCUCAUUUCUCGAUCGCGUUAGCUUGGAUAGCUCGGCUCCUGUACAAAGGGCUGGAAGAUCUACGACUGCUUUUGUAUUCCCUGGAAUAGCUACAACUCGUAGUGAUGGUACUUCUCCGGGGGUUGUGCAACGAUCGGAAUACCACGAAGCCCUUCGGUCAGCGAGUGUCAUGAAAAACUCAUAUCCUUCAGAAGAAACUAGCCCCCACUCUGUUGGAGCAGGAAGUCGAUUGCGAAGCAAGCUACCAGCUCGUAAAGUCUCAAACUCGGAUACGAGAGAGAUGCCAGUAGAAACCGGCCCGCGUUCAAUAUAUCGAAAUCUUUGUUCCGAGGACGACCCUCCCCGUUCUGUGGCUAUUUGUCCUCAACGAAGAUGCGUGGCUUUUGGUUGCUCGGCCGGUAUUGAAUUGCAUUGGGUUGAUGCUUUGACCGGACAGGAUCUAAAUAGAUGGUUUCCACUUACUGCUCCAAGUGACUUCUUGUUCUUUUUACCUCCACGGAAAAGUAUAGACUCUGCGAAGAAGCUGAGGCUUAUUAGUAGUGCGGCUAGACCCAGUGAAUGUACAGCUGUACAUGAAAGAUCAUAUGGAAGAAGACCACGAGGUGCUUCAUUCUGGCACAGAAUUGGGUGGAACGGAAGCCAGGGGGAUAAUAGCGAGGAAAUAGAACAUGCUCAGCAGGUGCUAGCACCAGUGGGAAGAUUCCGUAGUGAUUCAGGUCGAAGAGUUGAUCAUUCAGAUCACUAUCGUGCUAUACCACUAAGUGAUGGGUAUCAUAUUCUGUUUACAGAUCCAAGUACAGGAACACUUUGUUUAGGCAGUGAUGCACCUGUCGGAGGACCCACUAAAUUACUUCGCAAAGUUUGGUUUCAGGGACCAGAAGGUAGAGGCAGUCCAACGGUUUAUGCUGGAGGUUCUGAUUUAAGCUGGGGAGUAAGAGUUGUGGCAGCAUUUGGAAGUUGGGCAGAACAGAGUAUCUGGCUGUUCUCCGUUCCUGGAGAUGUGUUCCAUGCAGCUCAGAGUUCUCAGAAUGUGUUGGAGAGCUCUAUAACUCAUAAACGAAACACUCCUAAAAAUUCUAAAAACAUGCAAUGGCUGGACUGGUGGCCUGAUGAGGGACUUCAAGAAUGGCUCAAUCUUAUUCGGCAUCCAGUACCUGGUAUUAUUCCGGGGAAUAUGUGGCCGGUUAGAAUCAAGGGUCAGAGAAUCGGUACAUGUUCUGGAAUAGUUGAUCUUGCGGUUGAUUCAAACAAUGGUAUCACAGUUUGGGCUUUUAGUACUGAUGGAAUUGCCAAGGCCUGGCGUUUGGAUGAUGGACAGCAUAAAGACUUUAGGAAAUUGAGUGUAUCGAGAGAUGGUACCAUUCGCGAAAAUGUCCCGGAUGAUUACACCAAAGGUGAAAUGAACAACGGUUUCUUCACAUCAGAAAUCCUUCAACACCGCUCAUCGCUCGAACAACAAUCGUUCGAUGGAGCAAUGUCGCCAGAUUUAGAUGGUACCAUCUCUCCUGAUAUAUCAACAAUCAUCACAGCACGAAGAGGCUCGGGCUGGAGCUAUCAAAGCGUUAAUUAUGAUGAAGAUGGGGAUGUGGUUAUGGAAGAUGUUUAUGGUCCGGGUGUCGACAUGCCGGCAGCUUGGUCGAAGCCAGAGAGAGAAUAUGAUGAGGAUGAACCGUUGCAAGAUCAACAGUACCAGUAUUUACAAUCGCGCUGGCCGAGAUCGUCGAUAGGGUAUAGACGGUGGUUGGAGAGGGCAGUGGCGAGUGGAGAUUUGGCGAGAGUGGUGGGGGCGAGGGGUGUGUCAAGGAUUGAAAUUGAGAUUCGUUAA